AUGUCUCGCGGCGGCAACACCCUCUACGUUACCGGCUUCACCCACGGCACCCGCGCUCGCGAUCUUGCCUACGAGUUCGAACGCCCUCGGCGGCCAAACGUCGAUAUCGAAAUUCAUCAGCCGGAGUGUAUACACUCCGUUGCGACAUUCCAGCUCCAAGGUCUUCUUCUAGUCGGCUGUAACUUCGCCUUCGUCGAGUACGAGGACCGGCGGGACGCUGAUGAUGCUUACUAUGAGAUGCAUAACAAGCGUAUCACUCGCGACGCUACCCUGAAGAUUGAGUGGGCGAGAACUCCUCCUUCAGCAUCAUGGCGAUUCGAGUCUGGUCGUGACCGUGACCGUCGUCCUGGUGGUAGCGGUAGUGGCAGUGGCGGCGGCCGUUCUCCUUGUCGUGGACGAUCUCGGUCUCCUCGACGCAGCACACGAGACUACUCUCCUCGCAAGGAUGACCGCCGUGACCGUGACCGUGACCGUGACCGUGACUAUGACCGCGACAGCCGUCGGGAUCGCGACCGUUCUCGAAGCCCUGAUACUCGCGAUCGUGAUCGCGAUGCCAAGGACGACCGUGACGACCGUGACCGCCGUGAAAACGGGACUAACGGCGAUGACAGAAAGGGCGAUGACAGCCCUCCUACCGCUCGCGACGAUGAUGUCGAUGUGGAGGAGUAA